AUCUGGGGUAGCUUUGGGCCCGCGCGGGCGCUUGGGUGACUGCAGCUGCUUGGCUCCCCGCCCCCGCCUCGCGACGCGCGGCCGCCGGUAGCUUCGCACAGGGCUGGAUGAUUGCAUCGGGCAGGGUGACUCCAGGAUGUUAGGGACUGUGAAGAUGGAAGGGCAUGAAAGCAGCGACUGGAACAGCUACUACGCGGACACGCAGGAGGCCUACUCCUCGGUCCCAGUCAGCAACAUGAACUCGGGCCUAGGCUCCAUGAACUCCAUGAACACCUACAUGACCAUGAACACCAUGACCACCUCCGGCAACAUGACCCCGGCUUCGUUCAAUAUGUCCUACGCCAACCCGGGCCUGGGCGCGGGCCUGAGUCCCGGUACCGUGGCCGGCAUGCCAGGGAGCUCCGCGGGCGCCAUGAACAGCAUGACGGCGGCGGGCGUGACGGCCAUGGGAGCGGCGCUGAGCCCGAGCGGCAUGGGCGCCAUGGGCGCGCAACCCGCGGCCUCCAUGAACGGCCUUGGCCCCUACGCGGCCGCCAUGAAUCCGUGCAUGAGCCCCAUGGCGUACGCGCCAUCCAACCUGGGCCGCAGCCGCGCCGCCACUGGCGGUGAUGCCAAAACGUUCAAGCGCAGCUACCCUCACGCCAAGCCGCCCUACUCGUACAUCUCGCUCAUCACCAUGGCCAUCCAGCAAGCGCCCAGCAAAAUGCUCACGCUGAGCGAGAUCUACCAGUGGAUCAUGGACCUCUUUCCCUAUUACCGGCAGAACCAGCAGCGGUGGCAGAACUCCAUCCGCCACUCGCUCUCCUUCAACGACUGUUUCGUCAAGGUAGCGCGCUCCCCAGACAAGCCAGGCAAGGGCUCCUACUGGACGCUGCACCCGGACUCUGGCAACAUGUUCGAGAAUGGUUGCUACUUGCGCCGCCAGAAGCGCUUCAAGUGCGAGAAGCAGCCGGGGGCCGGGGGUGGAGGCGGGACCGGGGGCGGCAGCGCCAAGGGCGGCCCUGAGAGCCGCAAGGACCCCUCGGGCUCAGCCAACCCCAGCGCCGACUCACCCCUUCACCGGGGCGUGCACGGCAAGGCUGGCCAGCUAGAUGGCGCGCCGGCCCCUGGGCCCACCGCCAGCCCGCAGACUCUGGACCACAGCGGGGCAGCGGCGACAGGGGGCGCCUCAGAGCUGAAGUCUCCGGCCUCGUCAGCUGCGCCUCCCAUCAGCUCCGGUCCCGGGGCCCUGGCAUCCGUGCCCCCUUCCCACCCGGCGCAUGGCCUGGCACCCCACGAGUCCCAGCUACACCUGAAAGGGGACCCCCACUACUCCUUCAACCACCCCUUCUCCAUCAACAACCUCAUGUCCUCCUCGGAGCAGCAGCACAAGCUGGACUUCAAGGCAUACGAACAGGCACUGCAGUACUCGUCCUACGGUGCCACGUUGCCCGCCAGCCUGCCGCUCGGAAGCGCCUCGGUGGCCACCAGGAGCCCCAUCGAGCCUUCAGCCCUGGAGCCGGCCUACUACCAAGGUGUGUAUUCCAGACCUGUCUUAAACACUUCCUAGCUCCCAAAACUGGGGGUUUGUCUGGCAUGACAUGCUGGUAACAGGAAAGAAAAAUAUCAACAGCAAACAAACAAAAUCGCACAUACCAGACCAACAACAGCAUAAUAAAAUCCCAACAACCUUUAUUUCACUUUUUGUGCACAAUCUUUUUGUGCAAAGGACUGUUACUUUCUUAUUGUAUUCAAAACGCGUUGUGUUUGUUAUGACAAGGACAACCAACCCCAUAGCAACAAAAUUUUUUCCUGCAAAGUUGAACGAUCCACGAUUGUAUAUAUAAAAUCCUCCUUCCUUGCCCUCUCUCUUACUUCCCUCUUCCCCUCCAGACACAUUCUAGUCUGUGAAGGGUGUAUUUAAAGAAAAGAAAGAUGGUCAAGCUUGUAAAAUAUUUGUUUGUGCUUUUUUCCCUCCUUAUCUAACCCCCACGAGUUUACAGGUCUGUGGCAAUACUCAACCUUAAAAACUGAAAUGGUGAAGAAACAAGUAGACACUAGAGGCUCUUAAAAGUAUUGAGGAAUAAUAGUGCUGUUAUGCCACAAAACAUAAACAUUAUAAACACAAGAGCCAUUUUUUCAGCUUCUGAUACAUUCAGAUAGCAGAUGUCUUUUAUGAAAUACAUAUAUAUUGUGUACGAACUUAUUUAUGCACAUGCACAUAACAUAUGGAGGAAAGAGGUAGGUGAUAUACAUGCUACAUUUUCAAGAGUUGCCUGAUCAAGAAGUUACAAAGCCACCCCUAGCCCCCAUCUCCACUUACAUAUGACCUUGGAUUACUCAAUAAUUGCCCUCUUCAGAACCUUGCUUUGCAGAGUGCAGUGGUCAUGUUAUUCUGAGGUCACAUAACAUGUAUAAUAUUAGCUUCAGUAUAUGUAUACCAUUUAAAGAAAUUGUAUCCAGAAAAAAAGGGAAUAAUAGAAAUGCUGGAGGAAAGAAAAGUUAUAGGGAGCCUUAUUUCAAAAUUUGGUCAAAGUUUCCAAAAUCCAGUUGAUUGUGACCAUUUUAAUUAUUGUCAUCAUGUGCUUGUUUCAUCCAGUGUUAAUGCACUUUUCCACAGUUAGACAUGGUGUUAGUAUAGCCAGACAGGUUUCAUUAUUAUUCCUCUUUGCUUUCUCAAUGUUCUUAAUUUAUUGCAUGGUUUAUUCUUUUUAUUUUCUUUACAGUCAGAAUUGCUUUAAAUGAUGGUUAAAAUUACAAAUUAAAAUGUUCAUUUUUAUCAAUGUGAUUGUAAUUGAAAAUAUUUUGAUUUAAAUAACAAAAAUGAUAACAGAUUUUAAGUCGUGGACUAUGUUCUUGAUCAUUUGCAGUUAAGGACUUUAAAUAAAUCAAAUGUUAACAAAAAAGGAUUUCUGUUACUUUCCUUCACUUAAUUAAAUCCAAAAUGGAUACUCUGAAUACGAUAAUUUG